AUGGUCUCCUCCAUCACCACCCUGCUCGCCCUCGCCUCCGCGGCCGCCGCCCUCCAGGUCACCUCCCCGACCAGCGACUCCGUCUGGACCGUCGGCGACUCCCAGACUGUCACCUGGGACUCGGUCGACUCGGACCAGUCCACCUUCGACAUCUACCUCUCCAACAUGGUUGAAUACCCGUCGGUUACCGUCCUCCUCGCCUCCGACAUCUCCUCCAGCGACGGUUCUGCUACCAUCGACGGCAGCAAGCUGACCGCCGGCAACUCGUUCACCAUCAACUUCACCAACGGCACCAAGACGGAGCAGAUCUACGCCCAGUCGGUGAGAUAA